AUUUAUCGCCGACACCUCAAAACCCAUUCCCCCACCUCAGCGCCCCGUCGUAGCCGCGACAGAAGCCCAGAACCCCCUCGCUCUUACAAUCCCAGCUCCUCAAUAGCGCGACGAGCUGUAGGCGAUUCGAGAAUAUACGUCCCCUCGAAAACUAGACGCAGAUAACGUCGAUCUUUCUCUUUACAUCCCAGACGAAAAGAGAGAUAAGAAAGUCCCUCCAAAACCGCAAAUAUGACCGACUCAACCUCAACCCCCGACCUCUCCCAAACCCCCUUCGUCAAACAACUCGCCUCUCCCGACCGCCAAACCCGCACCAACGCCCUCGACUCCCUGCGCACCUACCUCUCCGGCCGGCGCUCCCUCCCCCAAGACGCCCUCCUCAAGCUGCACACCGCGCUCUUCUACACAAUGUGGCUCACCGACCGUCCGCUCCCGCAGCAAUCCCUCGCCGCCUCCCUCGCCGCGCUCCCAGCAAUCACGCACACGAGUAACCGCACCGCGUUCACGGCUGCGUUCUGGACUACUAUGGCGCGGGAGUGGACGCGCAUCGAUGUGUUGAGGAUGGAGAAGUUUCUGCUGCUGACGCGUCGGUAUGUUGGGGCUGCGUUUGCGCAGUGCGCGGAUAAGGGGUGGACAGCUGAGGUGGUGGAGGAGCAGAUGAGGGUGCUUAGGGAGGGACCGUUGGAGCCGGAGGCGAGGGGCGUGCCGAAUGGGAUGAGGUACCAUGUUAUUGAUGUUUGGGUGGAUGAGUUGGAGCGGGCGGGGGGGUUGGGGGAGAAGAGGAAGGGGGUUGAGCUCGAGGUGCUGCUGGAGCCGCUGAAGGUGUUGGGGACGGAGAGCCCGACAAAGAGUGUGAGGAAGAAGUGUAAGGAGGCGCUUGCUGAUGAGAGGUUGCCGGGGAAUGAGAAGGAGGAUGUGGUUAUGGAGGAGGAUGAGGGAUGGGGGGGUUUUGCGGAGUGAAGGAAGAAAAAAAGUGAUGUGCGUGCUUGAGCAGAUGAUUAUUGGAGGAUGGAAUAGGCUGUGGAGUGCAUGGGAGGGACAGCGGCGUCUGGUGUUGGCAAGAGGUGACGAUUAAUGCAUUCUGUACAAUCUACACAAGUCUAUUAUACAAGCGUCCUCGACUAUGGCAACUCCUGGGUAUAUCAUGCCAUGACGCGACGCGAC